AUGAAUUCGUCAGACCCCUUCGCGCCCCCGGUCAUCAACCCGAACUACCUGACAACCGAAUUUGACCAGUACGCUGCUGUGCAAGCCAUGAAAGAUGCGUUCACUGUGCUUGGUAGCAAAGCCUUUGAGGGAUGUAUCGGUGACCCCUAUGGCCCUCUCGCAAACCUCACUUCCGACCAAGACUAUCUGAAAUACGUCAGGCAGCAUGCUGUGACCAUCAAUCAUGGCACGGGAACGGCGAGGAUGGCGCCGUAUAACGCGGACCGGGGAGUGGUAAAUUCUGAUUUGAGAUUAAAUGGAGUAUCGAGACUGCGAGUCGUCGAUGCAAGCGUAUUUCCCAAAUUUCCGGAGUGUCAUACCAUGGCGCCUGUGUACAUUGUUGCGGAGAUUACUGCAGCGAUCAUCAAGGAGGCACAUACUCUUGGGAUUUGA